CUUGAAAGUGCCCGCUCCUUUAGUUACAGGAAGAAGCCAAUGGGAGGAGGGGUUGUUGCUAGGCCGCCUCGGAUUGGUCUGGCGGUGGAGUGCCGGCGCCGUGCGGCUGUGGAAUCUAUCUGGGAAGCCGAUGUAAAGAAUGGUUCAACCUGUGCCUGAAACCAUCAACUUCCCUGCUGAGGAAGAGCAGACACUAAAGAUCUGGAAGGAGUUGGAUUGUUUUCAACGAUGUCUGAAACAAGCUCAAAACAAACCGAGGUACACUUUUUAUGAUGGACCUCCUUUUGCCACUGGCCUUCCACACUAUGGCCAUAUUCUUGCUGGGACAAUAAAGGAUGUAGUGACCAGAUUUGCUCAUCAAAGUGGAUUCAGUGUGGAAAGAAGAUUUGGAUGGGAUUGCCAUGGCUUGCCUGUGGAAUAUGAAAUUGACAAGACGCUGGGUAUUAAAGGACCUGAAGAUGUAGCAAAAAUGGGAAUAGCUGAAUACAACAGACAUUGUCGAAGUAUAGUGAUGAGAUAUUCAGGCGAAUGGGAGACUGCUGUCACUAGGUUGGGACGCUGGAUUGAUUUUAAGAAUGAUUAUAAGACCUUGUAUCCAUCCUUUAUGGAAUCUGUCUGGUGGGUGUUCAAACAGCUUUAUGAUAAAGGACUCGUCUACAGAGGUGUGAAGGUUAUGCCAUUUUCUACUGCGUGCAAUACGCCACUUUCUAACUUUGAAGCACAUCAGAAUUAUAAGGAUGUUCAAGAUCCUUCUGUCAUUGUGACGUUUCCAUUAGAAGAGGAUGAAAAUGUUUCAUUGGUUGCUUGGACAACAACACCAUGGACCUUGCCUAGCAACCUUGCUGUAUGCGUCAGUCCUGAAUAUCAAUAUGUGAAAAUCAAAGACCUCUCUACUGGACACGUCUAUAUAAUGAUGGAAGCCAGACUGGUAGCACUCUUUAAAUCCGACGCUGAAUAUAGCAUCCUGGAAAGAUUCAAGGGCAUCGCCCUGAAAGGCAAGAAGUACAGGCCAUUGUUUGAUUAUUUCUUAAAGUGCAAAGAAACUGGAGCUUUCUCAGUGCUCGUGGACAAUUAUGUUAAAGAGGAAGAGGGUACAGGCGUUGUACACCAGGCUCCAUACUUUGGUGCAGAUGAUUUUCGUGUCUGUGUGGAUUAUGGUAUAAUCCAGAAAGAUUCAUCACCUGUGUGCCCUGUGGAUGCCUCUGGUUGUUUCACAACUGAAGUGAAGGACUUUGCUGGACAGUAUGUGAAGGAUGCAGACAAGAAUAUCAUUAAAUACCUGAAAGAUAAAGGUCGACUGGUUCACAGUGGUACCUUCAGUCACAAUUAUCCAUUUUGCUGGAGGUCAGACACCCCACUUAUUUACAAAGCAGUUCCAAGUUGGUUUGUGCGAGUGGAACACAUGGUGGACAAGCUGCUGGAGAAUAAUGACAAAUGCUACUGGGUACCAGAAUUUGUCAGAGAGAAAAGGUUUGGAAAUUGGUUGAAGGAUGCACGCGACUGGGCCAUUUCUCGGAACAGAUAUUGGGGAACACCCAUUCCUUUAUGGGUUAGUGAAGACUUUGAGGAGGUGGUAUGUGUGGGAUCGAUUGCAGAAUUGGAAGAACUGAGUGGAAUCAAAGUUGAAGAUCUUCAUCGAGAGAGUGUGGAUGACAUUACAAUCCCAUCACAUUGUGGAAAAGGUGUACUGCGACGAGUUUCUGAGGUGUUUGAUUGCUGGUUUGAAAGUGGAAGCAUGCCAUAUGCUCAAGUUCAUUAUCCCUUUGAAAACAGAAGAGAAUUUGAGGACUGCUUCCCAGCAGACUUCAUUGCUGAGGGAAUUGAUCAAACAAGAGGAUGGUUUUAUACCCUAUUGGUACUGUCUACAGCUCUGUUUGGCAAACCACCUUUCAGGAAUGUGAUAGUAAAUGGACUUGUACUGGCAAGUGAUGGUCAGAAAAUGAGCAAACGUAAAAAGAAUUACCCAGAUCCAAUGCAUGUUGUUAACAUUUAUGGCGCAGAUGCACUGAGGCUGUACCUAAUUAAUUCUCCUGUUGUGAGAGCAGAAAAUUUACGGUUUAAAGAAGAAGGAGUGAGAGAUAUUCUCAAGGAUGUCUUCCUGCCGUGGUACAAUGCAUACAGAUUCCUUAUUCAGAAUGUUCAGAGAUUGCAGAAGGAAGAGGGCGUUCAAUUCCUCUUCAAUGAAAACACAGUUGAGGGCAGUGACAACAUCAUGGAUAAAUGGAUACUUUCAUUUACACAAUCCCUCAUCCAAUUUUUCAAAGCAGAAAUGGAAGCAUACAGGCUCUACACUGUGGUGCCCAGACUUGUCAAAUUUGUGGACAUGCUAACCAAUUGGUAUGUGAGAAUGAAUCGCAAAAGGUUAAAGGGUGAAAAUGGUACUGAAGAUUGUGAAAGGGCUUUGGAAACUUUGUUUGCUGUUUUAUUCUACAUGUGCCGGCUGAUGGCACCUUUCACACCAUUUAUCACUGAAUUGAUGUACCAGAACUUGAGGCACCUAAUUGAUCCAUCUUCUAUGGAAAAUAAGGAUACACACAGCAUUCACUACCUCAUGCUCCCACAAGUGAGGGAGUCCAUAAUCGAUAAACAUAUUGAAGCUGCAGUUGCCCAAAUGCAGUCCGUUGUUGAGCUUGGAAGAGUGAUACGAGACAGGAAGACUCUUCCUGUUAAGUAUCCUUUGAAAGAAGUUGUGGUUAUUCACCAGGAUGCAGAAGCACUGAAAGAAAUCAGAUCCUUGGAAAAAUAUAUUCUGGAGGAACUAAAUGUCCGUCAGCUGACAUUAUCCACAGACAAAGACAAGUAUGGCAUUCGGCUUAGGGCAGAACCAGAUCACAUGGUGUUAGGAAAGCGCCUGAAGGGAGCAUUUAAAUCUGUUACAGCGGCUAUCAAGGGACUCCAGAAUGUACAGUUGGAGGAGUUCCAGAAGACAGGCACCAUAAUUGUGGAAGGACAUGAACUUCAUGAGGAAGACUUGCGUCUCAUGUAUGCAUUUGAUGCAACUACAGGAGCAAGUGCUCAGUAUGAAGCCCAUUCUGAUGUUCAAACUUUGGUUCUUUUAGAUGUCACACCUGACCAAUCAAUGGUGGAUGAAGGAGUUGCACGAGAGGUGAUAAAUCGUAUCCAAAAGCUUCGAAAAAAGGCCCAUCUUGUGCCAUCAGAUGAGAUCACUAUUUAUUACAGUUCCCAACCAACAGGAGCGUAUUUGGAAAAUGUUGUUAAGAAUCACACUGAUUUUAUUCUGGGAACUGUAAAAGCCUCUCUGAAGCCCUACCCAGUACCAAGUUCUGCUGAAGUGAUUAUACAAGAAAAAACACAGUUGAAGGGCUCGAAUCUUGAUUUGACUCUUGUGAAAGGAACCUCAGAUGUUGGUAUUCCACAGUUGGGCCUUACCUGUGCAUAUGUCAAUGUCAAGAUUUCUGUGGAUGGAAAAAAGCAAGAUGGUGUGAUACUACUAGAAAAUCCAAGGGGCGAUAACAUUCUAAACUUGAUCAAGCUGAAAAAUGUGAUUGUCAACAUAUUCAGGCUGCAGACAUCGAAACUGGCCCUCUUUUAUGGAAAAAAUGAACUAACAAAUGAGAUUGAUCUGAUGAGCCUCAAUGGAAAGACUCUCUAUGUGACAGCUGGAACUGCACCAGUGGAAGCAAUUGUGCAGUCUGAUAAUCUGCUCUGCAAGUAUGUCAACUUGCAGCUCAUGAAUGCCAAACCUCAAGAAUGCCUGAAAGGAACAGUUGGAGCCCUUUUGCUGGAGAACCCAGUUGGUCAGACUGGGCUGACGUACCCUGGACUUCUCCAUGAGACAGCUAAAGUAUUUGGCCUCAGAAGCAAAAAAUUAAGAUUGUGCCUCGAUGAUGCCAAAACAGAAGGAAUUACAAAUGAUUCUUCUUUGAAAAUGUUAAACACGAAGACCAUUUAUGUUCAUGUUUUGCCAACAACAGCUGAAUCCUAAGAUCUGACCAGAUAUUUAAGCUUUCGUUGCUGCAUUGCAGCCACCUUCUGGGGUUAAUGGAAUAUUCAAAUCUGGAUUCAAUUUUAAAAAAAUGUUUGCAAUAUUGCUUCAUAGAACAUCACUGCACUUACUGGAACUGUUUCAUAAAAUUAUUGAACAUUUAUUUCACCAGUUUCAGUUGGUUUAAUUUAGGAUUGAUUUUCCUUUUCAACCCAGUUCAUACUAAUCUGUGGUCGGGCACAUUAUAUUGGGAGAAGUGUGAUUAAGGGAUGUCUCAUUCAUUCUUCAGAGUUUCUAAUUUCCACAGUGCUUUAGUAUUGAGGGGUUGGGCAAUGACCAGGCACAUUCUCUUGGAGGGAAAGAAAGGGAGUCAUUCCCCACGCUACUGAUGCAUCUAAUUUCUGAUUUUCCUUGCAUUCUAUUCUACCUGGUUUAUGGAGGGCAAAAUAGAGACUGAAUUCUCACCAACAUGACUGUGUUCAAUAUAUUAGAUGAAAACGUACUUGGGAAUAACAUUACUCUGAAGUAAGUUCUUGACAAUCUUCCUCACUGUUACUGUUAUCACUAUAAACUGCACUGCAGUUUAUAGUGAUAACUGUAGUUUAUUGCAAUUAAAGAAAAGCACAAUUUUCCCAAGAUUUCACAAAAGCUUACAUUUAUGUUGUGGCUGUAAUAGGUAUUACCCUUGAGCAAUUCUGAUUUAUUCAAUAAUUUUGUUUGUGUUUUUCUUUCAUAACACAAAAUCACUUAACAGUAUUCACUUCAUCCCACGCAGAAGUACCUGCUUUCAGUAGUUUAUUUGUAAACAGUUUUUAAUGAUACCAUCAGUUUGUUUGUAACACUGUAAAAGAAAAAUGUAGUUGAAUUUUCACAAUUUCAGUAACCAAAGAAGUAUCAUCGUUUAGAUCCUUUGACUUAGUAAUUGUAUCACCAGAUUUGCAAGAAAAACAGUGGGUAGCUGCACAAACAGUUUUCUGUCCUCCAUUGUAUGCAGUUUUCAAAAGUCAAGCACUAGCAAAAUGAAAACAGAAUUAACUUCAGACUCUAAAAUUGGUGUAAGCAUCUAAUAGCCAGUAAAGUUAUUCCGUAGCAAUUAUCAUCUCAUAAUUCACAUGUUGGAUUUCCUUGUAUUAUUCAGUCUCUAUUUAGAUUCAUAUUGUAUUAACCCCAGGAUGCUUUAACCUAUUGAAUUUCAAUACAACACCUCUAGAAAUAACUUUGAACCCUUGUACUUUCUAAAUGGCUUUGUAGAGAUGAAAAUGUUGCAUGCUGUAUUUCUAUAAUUUCCAUAGAGCCAUUGUAACAAAAAAUGUCUGGCCAACUUCAACCAUGAAACUAUGCAAUGCAAUUUCUCACAGAUGACCAAGAAAAGGUUUGGUACUAAAAACAUGCAGCUGAUAAAGUACAUUUUGGAAAUUCUUGUUUGUUUUUAUUAUACAGUUCCACAUGUGCCUAGGAAUUUUACUUGAGAUUUGUAAAAUCUCGUGGUUUCUGUAAUAAAUAUGUUACUGCUAAUAGCCCAAUUGGAAUGCAAGCGAUUUUGGGCUUUCAUUAUGCUCUGAAAAGCUGAAAUUCUUUGUUUCUUGAUACAUGGUGUUAAUUUUAAAUAAAGAUUAUGUUGCAAUGUA